GCAGCUUCCAGUUAGCAGCGGAAGGCUGUGUGUAUAACUGUGUAGGGGCUGUGUGGAAGUCUAAUGCUCUCGGGUAGCAUUGCACUGAACCGCCGCAGGCCUGAGGGGUGCAGCCCAAUGUUUCGUGUACACCCGGAACGGGCGGCCAAUGCGACAUCUUCUCCUUCUCUUCCUGUGUCCCUGCGCGAUCGGGGUCGCCUUCCAUCUCUGGCUGUUUAACUUCUCAGGUUUAUUUACUUGGUUCCCUGUAUGGAGUCAACGUAGUUAUGAUAUUGUUGUGGGUGUAUUAUCUGCUCGACAUAAUCAUGAACUGCGAAAUGUCAUACGUCACACGUGGCUUCAGCACUUAAAGCAACAUUCAUCAUUAAGUCAACGCAUCCUUGUUAAAUUCAUAAUAGGAUCUCAUGGGUGUGACAUCCCUGUGGAAGAUCGGGAAGAUCCUUAUUCCUGCAAACUCCUAAACAUCACAAACCCAACACUCAAACAGGAAAUAGAAUCAUUUAGUAUCCCAGAUAUCGCUGCUUUACUUACAGAGCACCAUGUUGUCAACGUAAACUUUCGUGUUCUGUACCCUGUUGUAAUCACCAGACUGGGGGUUUUUCAGCAUGACAGUGCUGCAGGGUUCCACAGAAAUAUAACCGUUAAACUUUUCCAAACAGAACAUGAGGAAGCCCUCUUUAGUGCUCGAUUUAGUCCUGCUAGUUCUGGUGUACAAGUAAACGGAAUAUGGUACAAGCCUGUGGAACAGUUCAUAUUACCAGAGGGUUUUGAAGGUACUGUAGUAUGGGAGAGCCAUGACCCAGAAGGUCUACUUUCAGGAAAUGUGCACCGUGUCAUUGUAAAUGAUGGAGGUGGGAUAUUCAGGAUUACUACAGUUAAAGAGGGGUUGUUGCCUUAUGAAUUCACAGAAGGUGUUGAAGGCAUUGCAGGAGGAUUUACAUAUACUAUUCAUGAAGGUGAGGCACUUUUGAAUACUCUAGAGACACGUCCAGAAAGAAUUCAGAUCCAUUUAGCUGCACUAGAAAAAGAAGAUGCCUUAUUACAGGAGGAAAGCACAACUUUUCAAGAUAUUGUUUUUGUUCACGUUGUUGACACGUACAGAAAUGUUCCUUCUAAACUACUAAAUUUCUAUCAAUGGACUGCAGAAUUUACAAGCUUUGAGUUUUUGCUGAAGACUGAUGAUGACUGCUUCAUUGACAUUGAAAAUGUUUUAGAGAAGAUUGCUCAUAAGCAGCUACAGAAGGAAAAUACUUGGUGGGGAAAUUUUAGGUUGAACUGGGCUGUUGAUCGAACUGGAAAAUGGCAGGAACUGGAAUAUCUUAGCCCAGCCUACCCUGCAUUUGCCUGUGGUUCUGGGUAUGUUAUUUCACAAGAUAUUGUCCAGUGGCUUGCAAGCAACUCUCAAAGACUGAAGACUUACCAGGGUGAAGACGUGAGUAUGGGCAUCUGGAUGUCUGCAAUUGGUCCAAGCCGAUAUCAGGAUAGUCACUGGCUGUGUGAAAAGAAGUGCGAGGCUGGGAUGCUGUCGUCACCACAGUACACUCCACAGGAACUCUUGGAGCUUUGGCAACAGAAAGAACGAUGUGGGAAUCCUUGUGCAUGUGAAGACAGAUGACCAAAGAACCUGCCCUCUCAUAGAAAUGACUUUCCGAUGCAUAUUAUAAUAAAUUUUAUACUGCAAAA